AAAAUGAUUAGAUAAUUCAAUUCUUAAAAAAUGACGAGUUUGCUACUCUCAUGUCUCAUUUCUUAAUCCAAUAACCAAUUCUAACCAUAUAGAAAGUUUGUGGAAUGAUCAUCAAACAAGAGAAACUCCUCUUCUUUCUGAAACUCCGAACUUCCGAUUCCACACUUACCAUGGGAUGCCCAUUGUGAUGGUAAAGUAGCCGUAAGCGUGUAGAUAUACUUACUGCCGGCAAGCCAAGCUCAUACCUUUCAGCUGAAAGGAAUUUCCGACCGGGACGAGUUACAUUUCUUGAUUAUACCUCAAAUGCUGCUGCUAGCUCCCGGCACUUAUCGACCGGUUAACCGAUCUACAACCCUCCUGAAACCUUCACCCCUAAUUCUCUUCUCCUUCUCAUUGCUGACAUCUCAGAACCCAAUAGUUCCCUGCAGGGACGAACUUCGUCGGGCCUCUAUCGUUGUAGCGGCAUCCGCCGCCGCCCAUGCCCAAUCUUUUUCCCAGUCCGCCAUAGAAAGAGUAGCCGAAAAGCUUCGCAGCCUUGGGUACGUAGAAGACGAUGGAAAUAAAGUGAAGCCAGAGGAAACCCUAUACCAGAAGACGAACUCUUCUUCUCCGGGUGAAAUUUUUGUUCCAUUGCCUAAUCAGUUACCGAAAUACAGAGUUGGCCAUACCCUCGACCCGAGUUGGAGCACCCCUCAGAAUCCUGUGCCCCUGCCCGGGUCAGGCAAUGCUAUACAGAGAUUUCAUGCUCUGAGGUCCGAGGUGAAGAGGGAGCAGGAGGAAGAGAGGGAGAAGAAUCAAAAUGAGACUAAAGAGACAGUGAUAACUAAGGCUGAGCUAACUUUGCCCGGGAAGGAGCUGCGUAGGCUGAGGACACUAGGGAUUAAACUUGACCAGAAGAUUAACAUAGGGAAGUCCGGGAUUACAGAGGGUAUUGUUAAUGGCAUUCAUGAAAGAUGGAGGCGGUCUGAGCUUGUGAAGAUAAAUUGUAAAGAACUGUGCAGGAUGAAUAUGAAGAGAACUCAUGAUAUUCUAGAGGCAAAAACAGGAGGUUUGGUUAUUUGGAGAUCAGGAAGUACUAUAGUAUUGUACAGAGGAACUGAUUAUAAAUAUCCCUACUUCAGUGGAAUAGAGACCAACUCAUUUAGCAUAAAUGGAGGUUCUUAUCCUUCUCUGGUAAAGGGGGUCGGCUCUCCAAAUAGAGUAAGAUAUGAACUUCCUGGUGAGCAAAAACUUGUUGAAGAAGCUGACCAGUUGUUAGAAGGGCUUGGGCCACGUUUUACUGAUUGGUGGGGGAAUCUUCCUUUACCAAUAGAUGCUGAUCUUUUGCCAGAUAUAGUCCCUGGCUAUAAGAGACCUUUCCGCUUGCUUCCAUAUGGAGUGAAACCUAUACUAACAAAUGAUGAAAUGACAACAUUAAAGAGACUUGCUCGGCCUCUACGCUGCCAUUUUGCUUUAAGCUGGAAUAGGAGUCUUCAAGGAUUAGCUGCUGCCAUUGUGAAGCUUUGGGAGAAAUGUGAAAUAGCAAAAAUUGCUGUAAAAAGAGGAGCACAGAACACCAACAGCAAGUUGAUGGCUGAAGAGCUGAAGCAUCUGACUGGAGGGAUCUUGCUAGCUAGGGAUAAAGAUUAUAUUACCCUCUAUAGAGGUAAGGAUUUUUUGCCUGCUGUGGUUUCCAUAGCAAUUGAAGAGCGGAGGAAACAAACAAUUAGAGGAAACCCAAGAAAAUGUAAUUCACCCGUGUCUGAUGCAAAUCAUCAAGCUCAACCAAUCACUGAAUCUAUUUCAAAUGACGAGAGUAGUUGUGAAAAUUUGAAGACAGCAGCCCAAGAAAAGCAGGUGCUAAUUUUGAGGGAAGAAGCUGUACAGCCGAUCAUCCAAUUUCCUUCUGAAGAGGAGAAUAAGGGUAAAAGUAAUCAGAAAGAUGUCCCACAAAAAAGGCAGCUAUAUUCAGUGGAAGCCGCUGCUAAAAGAACUUCUGACAAACUAGAAGCUACAUUACAAAAGAAAGCAAAGGCAGAAAAACUUCUAGAAGAGUUAGUAAUGGAAGAGGUAUCCAUACAGCCUAUUACAGAUAAGGAAGGUAUAACUGAAGAAGAAAGGUAUAUGCUGCGUAAGGUUGGUUUGAGAAUGAAACCCUUCUUAAUCCUAGGUAGAAGAGGAGUGUUCAGUGGAACAGUUGAAAACAUGCAUCUUCACUGGAAGUAUAGGGAGUUGGUGAAGAUCUUAGCUGGUGGGAGGAAGGGCAUUGAAGAGGUUCAACAAAUAGCAGGAACGCUGGAGAGUGAAAGUGGUGGUAUUUUAGUUGCUAUUGAGCAAACCAGUAAGGGUUAUGCCAUCAUUGUGUACCGUGGGAAGAAUUAUGAGCGCCCUGCUUUCUUGAGGCCUCAGACACUUUUAAGCAAAAGACAAGCAAUGAAGCGUUCUAUUGAGGCUCAACGUCGUGAGUCAUUGAAGCUCCAUGUGUUAAAGCUUAACCAGAACAUAGAAGACUUGAAGCUAAAGUUGGUGGGUUCAAAAGAGUCGAAAGAUCGUGCAAUGAUUGAUGUCCAACUGAGAGACUUAAAAACUGAAAAACAGGAAUUGCAACAAAAUGUCUUUACCCAAUCUGAAAAUAAGGCUGAGGUUGAGUUUAAUACGAGUGUUGUGGAGAAUUGUUACACAUUGCCCACUAAGGGAAUUGAAUUAGUGCCAAAUUUGAAUUCAGAAAGUGAAAGAUUUUCAAAAGAUCAGCAGGUGAUAAAUGAAGCUCAUCUCUGCGUGUCAAGUCCUGAAGAAGAAUUGCAAAGUGAUCACUCUAUGCUGUUGGAGAACAAAGAUGAAGUUUUGACUUAUACUAUUGAAUCUGAACAUGUGUCCAGCAAAGAAAUCAAAAGUGAGCCAACUUUAGAAGCAGACAAUGUAAAGUAUGAAACUGCAUCAGGUCCUCACUCUUUUAAGACAAGUUCUUCAUUCCAUGAUAGAGCUGAGAAGAGGCUAGAUUUUGACAUGAAAUCAGCUGCAUCUUUUGCUGUUAAUUCUCUAAAAACAAAGGUAGAACAUGGUCCAGAAGAAAAAGAAUCCCAAGAAGUGCCUUUUAGUGCUUCCCCCCUUUCCAACAGAGAAAGGCUUAUUCUUCGAAAACAAGCCCUUACAACAACAAAACGUCCUGUACUUGCUGUAGGAAAAGGUGAUAUAUUUACUGGUGUGGCCAAAGCAAUCAAGACACACUUUAAAAAGCAUCCUCUUGCAGUUGUGAAUGUCAAAGGUAGAGCAAUUGGGACUUCGGUGAGGGAGGUGGCAUCUGAGCUUGAGCAAGCUACAGGUGCUAUGCUUGUUUGCCAUGAAACAAACAAAGUUAUAUUGUACAGAGGGUGGGGGGCUGCGGGGAUUAAAGCAACUCGCACCAUGAGUAGCGGCAAUGCUACUAGAGAGCAGCAGAAGGUUCAAAUGGCUGUGUCCCCUGAGCUUAUAUCUGCAAUCCGGUUCGAGUGUGGGCUGCAAUUAGACCACAAAGAAGAUGCCAGUUUGAAAUUAUUAAACAGCUUUGGUGGUUAGUUGGACGAUGAAUGAAUAUGUUCAUUAUUGUGACUAUAGCAAUUGUCUUGAAGUUAUUCGCAAUGAUAAUUGUGCAUAUAAUUGUUAAAAGUAUCAGUCUCAGCAACAUUAAGGUGUUUUCAAGGGGGUUUUACUUUACAAACAACUUUAACAACAUAGUCUCUCCUCACAUCAUCAUUAAUCAUAGACGCAAAUUCAUUGAUUGAUUUUUGUAAUAUUGGAUCACUAAUAAUAUCUCACGCAUGUGUACUUUUCGUCCGA